GCUAUCAAUUGAUAAACGCGAAAAUAUGGGAACUUAGUACCUAAGGAAAUCAACAAAUUUAAAGUUGAAAUAUCUCCUAAACUAAAAAUUUUCCAACAUAAUAGGUUAAUGUUUUUUGUACAGAAUAUAGAGCGACAUCGACUAUUACAUAAAACAGUGAUGUCAAACUUACUCCCCUAACACUAGUAGUUAGUAUAUAGUGUUCAAACAAACAGAUAAAAGUAUAUACUUAAAUACCUUAGGUACAGAGAGAGAGUAACUUUUCAUGAGGGGAAUGUCACUAGAGUGCUCCUAGAUAGUCACUCUUGCUUUAUAUAUAUUUUAAAUAAUAAAUAGCUAUAUUCACAUAACUUUCCAAAUUUCUUAUUUAACUUGAUUUUGUUCUACAUUAAUUACACUCAAUCACUUAUUCUUUAAGUACAAUUACUAUUUGUUAUAUUGUUUUAAUUAUUUUUAUACAGCUUUAAUGAAUUAUAAUUAAAAGGUUUAAUCGAGGCAUUGAAAUUUAAACAACCUUGGGCGGAAAUCUGCAUUUGUUACAGAUAAAAUGCUUGUAUAUGAAGUUGAGUUUAUGUGUACACGUCGUUAUCGUAUGUCAUUUCCGAUAGUAAACAUUCCAUUGAAUUUAGCGUUGCAUUUCUUAUUGUUCUUUUAAGGGCAGUGAAAAAGCGACAAUGCCGUACCAUGCCAUGUAUAAAGUUAUGAGUCAUACUUUAUUCUUUUAUCAAAUUUAACAUUUGGUCUUUGUGCUAUAGUCAAUCUUCUGUUACUAAUGUGAAACCUUGGAUUUGAUACAAUCAUCAUAAAGAGAACGUGUAAGAGACAUGUUACAGACGUGACAUUAAAAUCAAAAAGAGAUAUAAAGAAAUAUAUAUAUAUAAUAUAUAUAUUUAUAUACAUAUAUACAUACAUAUACGUGUGUGAAUAUUACAUUUUUACUAUAUACAUAAUAAAAUAUUCAUAAUUUAUUAUAAUGGAACAGAAUUCGUAUAAAGUAUAUAAGUAAAUUUACAAGUUAUAAAUAAAGAUUUUAUUUAGUCAAAAAUGUAUUUGUUAUAAGGUUUGCAUAUCGUGAUUAGUAAAUGAUACUGUACAUAAAAGAGAAUCAAAGUUGUUACUUCAUUUACAUGAUUACAAUAAUAAUUUACAUGAAUUAUAAUAAUUUUUAAUAAGAAAGUGUACAGUAUUGUCUUCAUUUUUAUCAAAGUAUUAAUGCAAAGCUCAAAAUAUUUUCCAUGUCAUUUUAAAUGUUAUGUAGAUGCAAACUGAUAUAUCAACUUGCAAACAAAUUAAACUUAAACUGAAAAGGUACAAAAAGAUUUUUAAAACCUAAGUAACAUAGGAAAUUCUGAGGAAGCGGUAUCAUAUAGAAAAAAGAAAUAUAUUCUGUAAUAAACAUGAGUGGAAUAUUAAGAGACCAACCAUGGGGUUACCGAGUGUUAGAAUCCACAGUUUCUAAGUGCUGUCCUCAUCAUCGUGUCAAUCGAAUGGCAUGGCAUCAAGGUGGCAUAUUGGCUCUUACAUAUUUGGCAUAUACUUGUUACCAUAUGACACGAAAGCCCAUAUCUGUUGUGAAAAACGUAUUAAGCCUUAAUUGUAGCAGUUUGUCGCCACCUCCAAAUUUUUUAAUCAACAGUACAAAUAAAGAUACGUGGUGUGAUUGGGCCCCAUUUGAUACAGAAGAUGCUCCAGCAUUACUUGGCAUGUUAGAUUCUGCAUUUUUAUUCGCGUAUGCAGCAUCCAUGUUCUUCAGCGGUUUUAUAGCAGAAAGAGUUAAUCUACGUUAUUUUCUUACAUUUGGUAUGCUUGCAUCGGGUAUAUCAUGUUAUCUUUUUGGUAUUGCUAGGCCAUACAAUAUACAUAGUUUAUGGUACUUCAUUUUCGUUCAGGCAAUCGGUGGCGUCUUCCAAACUUCAGGUUGGCCAGGUGUAGUUACAGUUGUUGGAAAUUGGUUUGGAAAAGGAAAACGGGGCUUAAUUUUUGGAAUAUGGAACUCUCAUACGUCAUUAGGAAACAUUUUGGGUAGCUUAAUAGCUGCUGAGUUUGUAGAAUCCGAUUGGGGCUUAAGUUUCAUGGUACCUGGAGCCACGAUGGGCUUAGCAGGAUUUAUAAUAUUUCUGUUUCUUGUACCUAAUCCUAUAGAUAUAGGAUGUGUUCCACCUGUUUCCCCUGGAUAUAGAAAAUUCGACGCUACUCAUAGUUCAGAUGAGAGUAGUGAUAUAGAUGAUUGUGGAAAUUGUAGUAAUGAUAUUGAAGAUCGUCUCAUCUAUCGCUGUGCCUACCGCGAACAGAUCGGUGUUGAUGAUGUUUUAGAGGAUGUAGUAGGUGUAAGAUCUGAAACUAGCCCAAUAUUAUCAAGACACAGGCGUGUGCAUAAUCAUCACAGAGGAGAUGCAAUUGGAUUUUUAGGGGCUUUGAGUAUUCCUGGAGUCAUAGAAUAUUCUCUUUCUUUAUUCUUUGCAAAGCUAGUAAGCUACACAUUCCUAUACUGGUUACCAUUGUACAUUGCGGCAUCAACUACUUAUAGCGCAACAUUAAGUGCAGACAUCUCAACUUUAUUUGAUGUUGGUGGUAUUGCGGGUGCAAUAGCAGCUGGUAUUUUAUCUGAUUAUAGCGGUAUGAGUGCCGUAACAUGUGCAGUUAUGUUUGGAUUUGCGGUUCCUGUAUUAUUUAUAUAUGACACCAUUGGAAGCUCGGGUUUGGUCAUGAAUAUAGUAUUACUACUAGUAGCAGGACUACUAGUUAAUGGACCUUAUGCUUUAAUAACAACUGCUGUAUCAGCUGAAUUAGGAACUCAUCCCAGUCUGGGAGAUAAUUCUAAAGCUUUAGCUACAGUCACUGCUAUUAUCGAUGGAACAGGCAGUAUUGGUGCUGCUGUGGGCCCACUACUAGCAGGUUUGGUAUCACGUUGGAGUGGUUGGCACAAUGUAUUUUACAUGCUCAUGUUUGCAGAUAUACUGGCAUUAUUGCUUUUAUCGAGAUUAGUUUACAAAGAUCUACAAAAAUAUAUCUAUAGAAGAGCCGUUUAAUUUUAUUUCUUCGUGUUAGAUAAAGAAUAGAAUGAAUUUAUGUAUAAAUAAAUUAUUUUAAUCUGCAUUUGAAAAUUCAGUUUUUUUACAAUUAUUAUGGGAUGUAUAAAUUGUACGAAUUUAUACGCAAAUUUAACACUUAAGUAUUAUUGAGUUUUAGAAGUAUUUUAUUCAAAAACAAAAAUAAAUACUAUAUUUUUUAUAUGAUAGAGUAUUAUAAUAU